AUGUUUUCACAAUUUGCAAGACGUGCAGCUCACAGAGGGUUCGCCACUGCUGCUGGCUCGAAAGCUGGCUCACAAUUGGGUAGAAACUUGCUAGUCGGUGGUGCCAUCGUUGGUGGUAUUGGUGCUUCAGCUAUGUUGUAUGCGGAUUCUUUGACUGCCGAAGCUAUGACCGCUGCCGAACAUGGUUUGCAUUCACCAGCUUACGGUUGGUCUCAAAAUGGUCCAUUCGAGACCUUUGAUCAUGCAUCUAUCAGAAGAGGUUACCAAGUUUACCGUGAAGUGUGUGCUGCGUGCCACUCGCUGGAUAGAGUCGCCUGGAGAACUCUGGUUGGUGUAUCUCACACUAACAAUGAAGUUCGUGAUAUGGCAGCAGAAUUUGAAUACGAUGAUGAGCCAGAUGAGCAAGGUAACCCAAAGAAGAGACCAGGUAAAUUGGCUGAUUAUAUCCCAGGUCCAUACCCUAAUGAACAGGCCGCUAGAGCUGCCAACCAAGGUGCAUUGCCUCCAGAUCUUUCCUUGAUCGUCAAGGCUAGACACGGUGGUGCCGACUAUAUCUUCUCACUGUUGACCGGUUAUCCAGAUGAGCCUCCAGCUGGUGUCGUUUUGCCUCCAGGCGCUAACUACAACCCAUAUUUCCCAGGUGGAUCCAUCGCUAUGGCCAGAGUCUUGUUCGAUGAUUUGGUCGAAUACGAAGAUGGUACUCCAGCUACUACUUCCCAAAUGGCUAAGGAUGUCACUACCUUCCUACAUUGGUGUGCUGAACCGGAACAUGAUGAGAGAAAGAGACUUGGUUUGAAAGCUAUCAUUAUACUAUCGUCUCUAUACUUGCUAUCUGUCUGGGUCAAGAAAUUCAAAUGGGCAGGUAUUAAGACUAGAAAGAUUGUCUUCAACCCACCAACCAAGAAAUAA